AUGGAUUCCAAUAAUGUUAGUAAUGGUCUGUUAAUUGCACCUGUACAAUUAAACAUUUAUCUUGGAUUAUUCAUAUACAUAACGGGUGUCAUCGGCAGUAUUGGCAAUAUAAUUAUCUAUAAGUCUCGAUCAUUACGUAAUCGAGCUUGUUCCAUAUACUUAUUCUGGGGAUCUCUUGUUGAUCUGAUUUAUCUGAAUUCUGUGCUCUUAACACGUUUAUUACAAAAGGGUUUCAAAAUACCUAUCAUGACACGUUAUGAUGUUAUAUGCAAGAUUCGUCAAUUUGCUUCUAAUUAUGGUAAUCAACUUACAUUCACCUUCUUGGCAUUGGCUACACUUGAUCGACUUCUUUUAGCACAUCAAUCACCUACGCUUCGUCGAUGGGGUAAUCGUGUUCUUCUAGCGAAUAAGUUAGUGGUAGCAUUUUCGCUGAUUUGGUUGGCAAUUCUUUGCCAUCGCCUUAUAUGGUAUGAUACAAUCAAUGGACAAUGUGCAGGUCAAGCAGGUUUCUAUGCAUACUUCGAUAACAUAUUUAACGCAGUCGUGACAUGUUUGUUGCCGAUGGUCACCUUAACUGUGCUUGGCAUUCUAAUUGGACGAAGUGUUCGUCGUGUUGUUCAACGACGACGGGUAGUUCCUACGGCUACUGUCAAUGAAUCGGCUCAUAGUGAUCAAUCAGCUAUUCAAAAAAUAGAUACACAACUAACAAUUAUGCUUUUCUUAGAUAUAUUCGUUUCAAUGAUCUCUUUUUUACCGUAUGCCGCACAAUUAAUAUAUGCUAAUAUUACUGGCACUUGGCCAAAAUCACCAUCACAAGUUGCUUGGGAAAAUGUCGUGUCCGAAAUUAUUAAUUUACUAUCAUAUAUAUUUUUUAGUGGUCCAUUUUAUGUUUCGAUUAUCUCAUUAAGUGGUUUUCGACAUCAACUCUUACGUGCACUUGGCUUGAAAAAACAACAGACAACCACUUAUACUCAAAGAGGUGUGACUAUGGGAACUACUCAAAAUAACACCAACAACCAAACUCGGUUCACUACCUAA